GUCCUGGAAUCUAAGGCUGCCGGGUCUCAGGCACUUCGGGAGAAGCUGGUGGACUGGCUGAAGGCCAACAUGCCUCCAGGAUUUCGCCCUGAUGCCCCUGAGGACAAGCGAAGGGAGUCGUGGCUCUUCAGCUACUGCCACGACGAGGAUGGCAGGGUAACCGAAGAGGCCCUGAACUACAUGCUCUGCCGCAUGCACAUCCUCUCCGCUGAAAGCUUGGUCUGCUCCACAGCUG